UACAGAACAUCUCCAUACAGAAAAAGAUAUGAGAAAAAUAAGAAAAGAUCUCGGAGGGAUGAUCCAAGGGACAUGGGUUCCUCCUCCACCUACUCAAAAGGUGCUAAGAUAGACAAUUAUACUGGAGACUCUAGAGGUACCCCUGGGUACCGCACCCGUCGUACCACAAUUCGGGUCACUCUCAUGUACCCCCUCUGCCGUAACGCCAAUACCGAAACUCUCUUCCUUUUUCCCCCAAAGCUCUUUUCGAUUUUCUGACUCCUUCUCUCUCUCUCUUUCUCUUCUCUCUAUCUUCAGUCUCUUCUCUUUGAAACUAUUCCUACAUAUCUAGCCUCGAUCCCGCCUUGUGGCCAGCCUCUCUUUCCGGAAAGAGGGAAGAAAAAAAAAUCCCCCAACAGACCUUCCUUUUGAACCCACUCCGGUUACAUUUCUCUCCCCUCUUCCCGCCAAUCUCGAAUUGCACUCAUCUCAACCCACGAAUUUCGAAAAUACUCGCCUAGUCAGAGUCGACCACGGUCGUCUUGAAAAUUGCACAAUCCUCCUCUUCUUCUCGACUUUUCACCGACCCGGUAGCUACCUCAAGCGUAACACAGAUUUCUCAUCUGGGGUACAUCGCUAGGGGUAGACCGUGGUCGUUCAUCAGCCACUUUUCCUCCGGCCUCUUUUAAUCCGCAAACCCCAAUUGUGGGAGCUUGAUCAUACCGCCAUCCUGGACCUCCUUUCGAUAUUGUGUGUCGCGAGCAGUAACCCUUAUGGCACCAGAUACAGAAAUGACUGAAGCCUCUCCUGUUGAUACUCUGCCGCAUCCAAACGACGGUGGCCGCAUGCAUAUGUCAUCUCUCUCAUCAUCAUCUUCUAUAUCCGACGCAGAAACCGAGCGCCGAGGCCGAUCAGAACGUCCACGAAUGGCGAGCCGCAAACCCAGUGCUUCGAUUCUUGUCCCUCGGGACCACCCCGAAAUUGAAAUUGAGGAGGAAGAGUUUCCCCCCGAUGACGCCCGCGCAAUGAGCCCACGACGCAAUUCUGCCGAUCUGGAACGUUUGGGCAAGGAGGCACGACAGACCCUGCAGGAACAAGCCAAGGCUCUCCAAUCGUCCCUUCAGGCUCUUGCCGAACGCAUCGACGCGGUCAAAUCGGACCAUGAUAAGUUGGAAAACGAGAACAAAAUAUUACAAGACUACAUCGGUGGUCUCACUCGCAACAUGACCAAGAGCGAAAUGACCCGCAGUACGAAAGCACGCAAAGCACAAAAAUAAAUCGGCUUUCCUCCAAACAGGAUGUCGCAAGGUGGCCAGAUACCUCGUCCCGUGAACGUCAAUCGGGAGGGAUCGCCUGUUGUUUUGCGGCAGGGGGUUCCAUGCAUUACAUACGGUCGCGGGUUUUACAUUCGAACUAUUUUCACUUUAUUACGACGAAAUCCCUGGUCAACGGAUUUUUCUUCUCACCGCACAUUCAAGUGGUCGCUCAAUGAGUUACAUGCCCAAUGUCAGCAUGUCAGGGUCUCAUAAAACAGCAGAGUUGGGAAUUUCUGGUUACAGUUUCUCUUUCUGCAAUGGGAUCAGCAUUUAACCGGGGGGGCAAUCUUACGGUUACCAUUUUCGCACACAUCAUCUGCCACCCGACUGGUUCGAGUGGCCUCCCUGGAACACCACAUUUCAGUUUAAACGCCACAAUGUCAUCAUCUCCACAGUCCCCCUGUUCAACCGGGGUCGGCUGCUGCACCGGGGGUGAGGCUGAAUCCGAAUUAUUUACUCAAGGGGAAACUUCAAGGGGAUUGUUCGUGACAUCAUCGCAUGCCUUGCACAGUGGCCCGCCACCUGACUUCUUGGCAUUUGAUUUCCGGAGCUCAUUACAUCAUCCUCAAAGUCGGUGUGCAACCUUCGAUCCUAUCAUCUAACGCAGUGUUCCACUCUGCCUCUCUUCAACCCUGUCGAUAUUAUUGGCUCUUUUUAUUUCCUAUUCCUCGCUCUUUCAAUUGGCGUUUUUCUCUUUCUGGCGGCUCUGUGAACAACGUUUCACUUGUACUUUUUUUUCACUUUUUUGUUGUCUUUCGAUGCAUAGCACCUUGGGCGUUUCAGGGACUGGGACUAGACUCGAUUUGAUUUGAAUGGCUCUUGCUGGAGCAUUGAAAUGUUUCUUCGUCAUGGGCAUUGCAUGGUGACGGUCAUCGCCACAGCAGAACGGCGUGGGAAGUGGAAAGCAUCUUAGGGGUCUUUUGGAGCAGUCCAUUUAUCUUCUCCUCUUUCCUCACAUGCCUUCUCGAUAUUCGGGGGGCUCUUUGUACAUCUGCAUUCCAACCUUUUUUUUUUUCUAUAUUUUCUUCUGUCU